AUGUCACUCCUCUUGCGCCUCCCCCGCGCCCUCCGAAUCCCCCGUCCCCAAACCCUCGCACCACGACUGUACUCGACCACCUCCGGGGAACGGGAGCCAUGGCGACGGUUCUCAAAGUUCAUCCAGGUCUCGGAGGAGGUGCAGCAGGCGCUGGCAGAGGGCAAGCCAGUGGUUGCGCUUGAGAGUGCUAUCAUCACACAUGGCCUCCCAUACCCUGACAACGUUGAGCUCGCCGCAAAAGUCGAACAGACUAUUCGCGAAGCUGGUGCCAUCCCGGCCACCACCGCCGUCAUCCACGGAAUCGCCCGUAUCGGCCUUGAAGCCUCUCUGAUCGAUGUACUAGGCAAGGCCGGCUCAAAGAACGUUCAAAAGGUCUCCCGCCGCGACCUCCCCUGGAUCACCGGCGUUGACACCGCCAGCGGCGGCACCACCGUAGCCGGCACCAUGAUCCUCGCCCACCACGCCGGCAUCAAAGUGUUUGCCACCGGCGGCAUCGGCGGUGUCCACCGCGCCGCCGCAAACAGCAUGGACAUCUCCGCCGACCUCGCCGAGCUCGGGCGGACGCCCGUCGCGGUCGUGUGCUCAGGUGCUAAGCCCUUUCUCGACAUCGAGCGCACAAUGGAGUACCUCGAGACCGUCGGCGUGCCGGCCAUCACCUUCGGCAAGAAGGGUGAGGACACAUUCAUCCCAUUGUUCUACAGCCGCGACAGCAGAUGGAAGGCUGAGAUGGUGAUUGAGACGUCGGCGGAGGCGGCUAGGAUCGUGUAUGCGGCGCAGGAGAUGGGGCUGGAGAGCGGACAGCUGUUCAUGAAUCCGAUCCCCAACAGCCACCACAUCAACCAUCUGGCCAUGAAAGACAUCAUCACCGGCGCCGUCACGCGGUGCCGGAAGAAGGGUAUUACGGGGAAGGCCAUCACGCCGUACACCCUCGAGGUCAUCCGCGAGCAGACUCGCGGUGCUUCGGUCCUUGCCAAUAAGGCCCUCGUCGUCAACAAUGCCAAGCGCGGCGCUGAGAUCGCUGUUGAGCUUGCCGCACUCACAAACGGCUCCACCUGGAUCAACGCCGCCUCCGAAGUCUACCGCCCCAAACCCGCCACUGACACCCCCGAACCCACCGUAACGUCCAAAACCGACGUCCUAGUAGUCGGCAGUAUCGCCAUCGACCUCUCCUGCGACGCCACCACCGCCGUUCAACUCUCCACCUCCAACCCCUCCCGCAUCGGCGAGUCCCUCGGCGGCGUCGGCAACAACGUCGCCACAGCAGCGCACUACACAGGCGCAGCGACAAAGCUCAUCUCCGCCGUUGGCAAAGACCUGAGCGGCGAUUGGGCCCUGCAGCGCAUCAAGACGAAGGGAAUGGACCCGAUGGGCAUCAAGCUGGUCGAGGGUUACAGCACGGCGCGAUACGUGGCGUUCAAUGACAGCGACGGGAACAUGAGUGUUGCCAGCGCGGACAUGGCCAUCAUAGAGAACAUUGAUCAUGAGUGGCUGAAGGAGAGGAUUGUGAAGGCGCGGCCGGCGUGGAUCUGUCUGGACGGGAACCUCUCAUCCGAGACUAUCAAGAUGAUUGCUGGCGGCGAGCCCACGGGCGUGUCGAUUGCAUUCGAGCCCACAUCAGUGGAGAAGGCUGCGCGGAUUAUCCACCCCCGGAUGCGUCUCUACCCCCGAACGCGCAUCUCACUGGUAUCGCCGAACGAGCUGGAGCUGGCGAGCAUCUUCAACGCUGCGAAGGAGAAGGAGCUAUUUGAGGCAGAGAAGUGGUUUAAGAUGAUUGAUGAGAUUGGCGUGGACUCGAUGUUUAAUAACGAGAUGGAAAUGCUAGGCCACCAAGCUGGCGUCGAUUUCCGCAGCACCGGCAUACUGCAGCAAGCUGUGCACCUCGCCCCCUACUUCCCCAACCAACUAAUCAAGCUCGGUUCCCGGGGCGUCCUCAGCGUGCGUCUCGUACCCUCCGAGUUUGACAUCAGCGAGCUCGUGCCCAAGCCCGUCGUCACGCGCGGCAGCGGACCGGACAAGCUCGUUGUGCAGCACUUCGCCGCCGAGAAGCCCAGCAGUAUUGUCAGCGUGAAUGGUGUGGGUGAUACGUUCCUCGGCGUGUUCCUGGGCCAUUAUUCGAGGAAGAGGGAGUGGGAGUCUGCGAUCAACAAGGCGCAGCGGGCGGCCGUGUUGACGCUCGCGAGCAUGGAGAGCGUCAAUCCGGAUAUUGAGGCGAAGAAGAAGAAGUAUGGGAAGCUGCAAGAGCCGGUUACUAGCAUUAAUCCGUUUACGAGGAUUGGGUCUUGA